CCGCAGCCAAUCACCGCGCAGAACCGCGCAUAAUUAGGAGAACCCCCCGCCCCCUUUCCUCAUGCUUAAAGGACCUAUUGAGCUAUGAAGCUUUUUAGUUUUGUUUUGACUCGCGCGAGCAGCAUCGCAACCGCCGAACCUGCCGAGUCGAGGAUACAGGGGUUGUUGUUAUUGUUGUUGUUGUUGUUCUUCUCCAGGCUAUUUCACGUACUCUUAAACCCGCAGUGAAGAUGAUUUUCGACAAGCUGAAAAAGUUUCAGGUCGUUUUCGACUGUCCGGAUGUUGACUCUCCGCCUGUGUUCAGCAGCGGAGAUGUGGUGUCUGGUCGAGUCGUGCUCGAGCUCAGUGCAGAAGUUAAAGUGCAGUCGGUAAAGCUUCAUGCUGAAGGUUAUGCGAAAGUUCACUGGACGGAGUCUCGCAGUGCAGGGUCCAGCACGGCUUACACGCAGAACUACAGCGACGAGGUGGAAUAUCUGAACCGGAGAGAGGUGCUGCUGCAGGCAGAUAACGGAGAACUGACGAAACUUCCUCCUGGAAGACACGAGUACCCUUUCAGCUUCCAGCUACCCGAAGAGACACUGGUGACUUCAUUUGAAGGCAAGCAUGGCAGCAUUCGCUACUGGGUGAAGGUGAAGCUGCACCGGCCGUGGUUCCCGGUGAAGAAGAUCAAGAAGGAGUUUACGGUCAUCGAGCCCAUCGACAUCAACACGCCAUCGUUACUCGCACCUCAGGCUGGAACCAAAGAGAAGAUGGCUCGUAUGUGGUACCACAACUUUGGACAAGUGUCCGUCACCGCGAAGAUCGACCGCAAGGGGUACACACCGGGUGAAGUGAUCCCGGUCUUCGCCGAAUUCGACAACUCUACUUCCCGAUCUGUGGUACCCAAGGCGUACAUCACUCAGACUCAGACCUUCAUCGCGAGGGGAACCAUGAAGCAGAAGCAAUCCGUUGUGGCCACUCUGUGUGGAGAUGUAGUGGGAGCGCGGCGCAGAGAGACCUGGCACGGUCGCGCCAUCAAGAUCCCUCCGGUCGGUCCUUCCAUCCUCCAGUGCCGCAUCAUCAAAGUGGAAUACAUGCUCAGGGUGUGCGUGGACAUUCCUGGCACCUCAAAGCUGUCUCUGGAGCUGCCCCUGGUCAUGGGGACCAUCCCUCUCCAUCCAUUCGGCAGCCGCACCUCCAGCGUCAGCAGCCAUUACAGUCUGAACCUGGACUGGCUCCGCAUGGCCAUCCCCGAGCAGCGUGAAGCCCCUCCUGACUACAGCUCGGUCGUCACCGAAGAGGAAGCGGAGCAGAAUUCUGCAGCCAGCCGUAUUGAGGAGGACCUCAGCGCGGUGAUGGAGCGCCCCUUCAUGGCGUAUGUGCAGGAAUUCCGCUUCAGGCCACCUCCGGUAUACAGCGAGGUGGACCCGAAUCCUCAGCCCGUCAACAUGAGACCACGCUGCAUGACAUGUUGAACUUCACGCUGAGCAUCUCACGGUGAUGUCAUGAUUUGAAACCAAGCAGAGAUUUGCGUUCUGCCAGAGGCUCUGGAUCUCUGAGAUUGGCCCACGCCCCCCCCCCGGGGAGCCGAGUUCAUCGCCUUAGGAUAUGUGCACUGACACCGGUUAAGGACGAGAAGGAGGAACUGUCUGGAUUGAUCGUCAGAUGGAUUCCCGAGUCUUCGCAAGAGAGAAAACGUAGAAGUGCUGCAAGAUGGAUGGAUUUUUUUCCGAUCGUGUAUCUGUCUUUAACCUGUCUCCGAGUAGACUUCGGUCAAUGCCCGCUAAUGAUUAACAACCUCCGAAGCUCAUUUGGCGUAUUUGGUGUUACAGAGGCGGCUCGACUGAGAGAGGUUUGCUUGUGCAGAAGCCUUUUUUAAAAGUAACGCCUAACCAUGUUGGCUGAAUGUUUCAGGUGACUUUUCUGUACUUAAAGCCACUCCAUAUCCUGUAAUCAGCAUCUGAUAACUGGAGCAAUAAUGCUUUAAACGACAAACCAUCGCUGGUAGUCGAAGUGCUUCCGAAUGCAUUGUUUCUCCUUUUGUAUAUCUAGCAUCAAGAAUGUAACGUUGUUAUUCGAAGCUCUUUUUGGUGUUUGUUGUGUGCGGGUUGAAAAAAGAGAGAGAGAGAGAGAGAGAGAGAGUUGUGCAUAUUUAUUUAGACCUGCCUUUGAUAUGCACGUGUGAUACUGGGCAAAAAUCUGUCUUUCAUGAAAAUCCUGGAAGCAGGAUGUUUUUCUGAAUAUAAAACUUGCCCAUGAUGAAGAGAGAAUUCAAUGCUGAUAGCAUGAACACGAACAUAAAUAUUUAAGGCUUUAACGUGACUGUAACAAGGUGCUUUUUUAUUUUUUUUUAUUUUUUUUUUUUUCUCUCCCAGUGGCGUUCUGAUUAUUACACUGCUGUAGCAGGCACAAACAGUCUUACAGUCAUUAGCUGGAUAACAAGCCACGUUUGUUCAAGGUGCCGUUUCCUCUUGUUACAACAGCAGCGCGACUGGGUACAGGGAUUAUGCACGACGAUGCAUUAAGCUUUAAACUUGUUCUACCACUCUGAAGUGUACUUAACAUUCCAAAGACGGCUAAUUCAAUUCCAAAUUGUGAAAAACAACAUCAGGUAAUAACACAUUGAAUGUACUGUUUAUGGCACUCAUGGAGAAUGAAUGUAUUUUGUAAGGUUUUUUUUUUUUUUCUUUCCAUGUCAAAAAUAUAUUUUCUUAAUUGUUUUCUAAUAAAAGUGAAACAAGUCAGAUUUGC